GCCCCAGGGCCUCCGCCGGAGCAUUUUUACUGGUGCCCGUGCGCAUUCAUCCGCCGGAGUCAAGCCCACGGGCAAGGAGAGCGCAGCCAAAGCGACAUGGCAUAACACCACAAGAGGCAGCCUACCAUGGGAGAUGAUGAAUACGGCCCCGCGACGGCCGCCCGGGCGAAGUGGGACUUCGUGCCCGAAGAGCCUAGUGGUUUGGCCCUCACGGCUGAUGAUGAAUUGGAGGUCUGGCCCACGGAAAAAGGGUGGUGGUUCGCGCGUAAAAAACGGGGCGGCUACGAGGGCUACGUGCCCCGCGACUACGUGCGCGUCGAGGGGCGCCACGCCGAGGCGGCGUUCCCGGGCCUCUCGGCGCGCGUCGCCACGAUCUCACCGCGGCGCGCGGAGCCGCCACGAAACGACGACGAGGACGAGCUGCAGCUCGCGCUCGCGCUGUCGCUGAGCGAGGCCGAGGCGGCGUCCGCGCGGCCGCCGCCGCGGCCCGCGAGCUCCCCGCGAAGCCCGCCGUCGCCCGCGCUGUCGGAGGUCGUCGAGGUCCUGACGCCGCCGACACGCGCGUCCGCGCCGCCGCCGUCGCCCUCCUUCACCGAGGCGCGCCGGCCGGCCGCGGCGCCGCCGCCGCCUCCACCACUCUUCGACGCGGAGGCCCUCGCCGACGCGGCCCUCGCCGAGGUCCUGCCGGCGGCGGCGCCUCCGUUACCCCCGCGCGAGCCCGAGGCGAUGCCCUCGCCGGAGUCGAAGCCGACGUCGCCGCGCGAUAGCGGCCCGCGGCGCCAGAGUUUGCUCAAGUCCGCGCGGCGGUCUAUUAGGAGGAGCCUGGGCAUCCCCAAGCCCGCGAAGGCGUCGCCGGCCGAGGUCGCGCGUCUCCGGCGCCAGGCCGCGGCCGCCGAGGCCGAGGCGACGCGGCUCCGCGGCGCGCUCGAGGCGGUGCCGCUCGACGAGAGCACGGAGUGCCAGGUCUGCAUGGCGCGCGCGAAGGACACGGCACUGGUACCAUGUGGCCACGUGCUCUGCGCGGACUGCGUCACGCGCUCGAACGACGCGCGGCUCGUGGAGGAGUGCCCCGUGUGCCGGGAGACGGUCCAGUCGACGAUGCGUGUUUAUAUAUAG